AUGGAAAACAUGGAUGAGCAUGACAGUGACGCUAAUAUGCCAUUAGGGAUAGAUUCUGAUGGAGCUGCUGCCUCCAGAUUCAGGAAGAAGAGGUCUAAGGUGUGGGAAGAGUACAAGCCUAUAUAUAUAAACGGAGUGAUCCAGAGUGCGGAAUGCCACUACUGCCAUACUCUCAUGAGCUGCAAAGGUGCUGAUGGACGUUCCAACGGAACGAGCCAUUUAUGGCGACAUCAUAAUAAUUGUCGAGCAAAAGAGGGAUUUGACCUGAGUGAGCUGCAUGAUACAGACUUCCCUUAUGUAGGUGUGAAUGACAUUGAUCCACUGAACCAGAUUCUUCCAGAGCCACUUGAUGACAUGAACUUGGUAAAUCAUAGUGAGAACGACAGAUUGAGAUCGAAGGUAUGGAUGGACUUUACACCUGUCUAUGUUGAGGGGAGAAUCCAGGGUGCUGACUGUGUCCAUUGCCACACACGACUUAGUGCAGAAAAAAGUACAGGCGAUUUAAACCAGCACACUCAGACUUGUUCAGCACGGGCUGGAACUAGUGUAAAUCAUCAGAAAGGUGGGCUUUUCUCGUCCAGUGUACCAAUUUUUAAAUCUAGGGUGAAGGAUGAACUUUUACCUGCCUUGACAAAUGGUAAAGUUCAGAUUGCAGAAUAUGCUAGCAGGUUCCACUUGGGUUAUAAUUCUGGUGACAGAACUUGUCAAAAUCAGCACAUUCUGGCUUUACCAGCAGACAACAUGAUCCCAAUGGAACAAGAUAAGUCGUCUGCUCGUACUCCAGAUAUCAAGAUCAGGAAAUUUGAUCAAGAAGCAUCUUAUCUAGAGCUAACUAGGAUGAUAAUAAUGCAUGGCUAUCCCCUGUCAGUUGUGGAGCAUGAAGAAAUGAAAAGAUUUGCGAAGGGCCUUAACCCUGUGUUUAACAUGGCUUCAAGCCUAGAUAUGGAAGAAUAUUCAACUCUGCUGUUUCAGAAAGAGAAGUCUGACCUUAAGGAGAAAAUUGCACUUUCGUCAAGGCGAGUUUCGUUAUCAGCAAGUGUGUGGGUCCCUCAUGGAGCUGAGCCCACAAUAAAGUACCUGUGUUUGACCGCGCAUUUUAUUGAUUCUGAAUGGAAGCUUCAAAGGAGAAUAAUCAAGUUUGGUGUGCUUUGGUCCUCACCUUCUAAUUUGGAAAGGAUGAUACACUGUAAGGAAGCUUGUGUGCUAGAAUCUGAGGUUGGGGCGUAUAAUGUCAUAUUGGAAGCUAUAAGAGAGUGGAAUAUUGACAGGAAGCUUUUCUGCUUGACAUCUGUAAGCGAAAUAAGAAACAGUGGAAGUAUCUCAAAGCUGAAGGACAUGCUUAUACAGAGGAACUGUCUUCCUAUUAGAGGUGAGCUAUACAAUAUUGCUUGUGUGGAUGAUAUGCUUGACAGCGUUCUUUCGAAAGGGCAAUCAUUGCUUUACCGUGUCGGUGAUCUGCUAGAGAGAUUUAUUCAAGCAUGUGCAUCUUCAUCGCUGACUCAGCAGCAACUUUUGGAAGUUGCUAACGAUGUUGGUAUGAAGUGCCCCCAUGAAGAUGCAAAGUGGUGGCAUAAAAUUUACUUUAGACUUGAGGUGCUUUUGCAUUUCAAGAAGUUACUUCCCUCUGAAGAAUUUGUAUCUGUGGAAGAAAUGAAAAUUGUUGAGCCUAUCUAUAAGAUUUUGAGGGUUUUCUAUCGAGUCGUUGAAGUAAUGUCUGGGCCUGUUUGCCUGACAGCAAAUCUGUACUUCCAUGAAGUAUGGAAAGUUAGGACGAUUUUGCAAGAAGAAGCAUGUAAUGAACACUCCGACGUUGCUAGCAUGAUUAGAGAGAUGCAGGAAGCAUUCAAUGAAUAUUGGGCAAAGUCGUACUUGUGGUUGUCAGUGCCUGUUGUUCUUGAUCCGAGAUUCAAAAUUACUUUUAUCGAGUUCCGUCUUAAACGAGCUUUUGGCACUGAUGCAACAAAGUAUGUAAAUGAUGUAGCUGAAAUAGUGAGGGAAUUGUUUCAUGAAUAUUGCACCCCUGUGGAUCAGCCGAAUGUUAAGACUUCAAAUUGCGAAGUUCACAAUGUUGAAAUAGAUGGAUUUGACAGUGAUUUAUUGGAAGAUUGGGAUCAGCAUCUUACUGCACAGACAAGGAGUCAACUAUUGUCGGAGCUUGACAGCUAUCUUGAAGAUGGUCUUCUUCCACGGAAGGAUGAUUUUGAUAUUCUAAACUGGUGGAUGAGUCAUUCUUCAAAGUAUCCAACCCUCUCAAAAAUGGUGCAGGAUGUCUUGGCAAUGCCAUCAUCCGCUGUUCACUGCCAGGCAGCAUUCAGCAGUGAGAGCCCAGUAAUUCAUAAGCAAUGGAGCACAUUAAACAUCAAGACAAUUGAAGCACUUGUGUGUACCCGAGAUUGGAUUAGCUAG